AGAAACCACACCAGCAUCGCUGACUUCCUGCUCCUGGGCUUCUCUGAACACCCAGAGCAGCCGCCCCUCCUGUUUGGGCUCUUCCUGGGCAUGUACCUGGUGACCGUGUUGGGGAACCUGCUCAUCAUCCUGGCCGUAGUUGCUGACCAGCACCUCCACACCCCCAUGUACUUCUUCCUGGCCAACCUGUCCCUCAUCGAUACCUGCUUCUCCUGCACCAUUGUCCCCAAGGUGCUGGUGAACAUCCUCACACAACACCACACCAUCUCUCACACUGGGUGCCUCGUGCAGAUGUACUUCUUCAUGGCACUGGCCCUGCUGGACGACUUCCUGCUGGCCGUGAUGGCAUACGACCGCUACGUGGCCAUCUGUCUUCCUCUCCACUACACCACGAUCAUGUGUCCCCAGCGCUGCCUGCUGCUGGUCGCCGCAUCCUGGCUCUGCGCGCACCUCCUGGCCUUCUCCCUCACCCUCCUCAUGUCUCAGUUCUCCUUCUGUGCCUCCCAUUCCAUCCCACACUUUUUCUGUGACCUUCUCCCUCUCCUCAAACUUGCCUGCUCAGACACCCAGAUCUUUCAGGUCACGAUGUUUGCUGAAGCAGCCCUCUCGGGUGUGGUCCCUCUCGCCUGUGUCCUGGUCUCUUAUGCCCACAUCAUGCACACCAUCCUCAAGGUCCCCUCGGCUGGGGGGAAGCACAAAGUCUUCUCGACCUGUGGCUCUCACCUGACAGUGGUCACUCUCUUCUACGGAACUGUCUUUCUGGUGUAUUUCCAGCCCUCAUCCUCCUACUCGGCAGACACUGGAAUGGUGGCAUCUGUGGUAUACACGAUGGUCACCCCCAUGCUGAACCCCUUCAUCUACAGCCUGAGGAACAGGGACAUAAAGGGGGCUCUGUGGAGGCUCUCAGGCUGGAGAAGAUGCUCUAUUCUGUAA